AUGAGACGGCUAGAAUCUGCGUUUUUCUGGUAUGGCAGACUUGUUGCAAGGCAUCCAAUCCCAUUCUUGGUAAGAAUUUGGCAUUUCUGUUCAUCUGUGGCACUUUGUUGCGGUGAAGUGUCACAAAAAUUAUCGGAGAGUUUUUUAUUCAAGCUUUUGGUCGAAAUGAAGGUAAAAGUGAUGUAAAAUGACGAGUAAAGGCAUAAUAAAUGUUUUCCAGUUGUUUACGGCGUGCCCAACUUACUUUCACCUCAAGUUUUGUCCAAAAUUUUGAUAUUUGACCUAAAAUAAUAUUAUUUUCCCACUUUUCCCUCAAUUUUUCCGUUUUUUAGAUAUUCCCCAUAAUCACAACUCUGAUCUCAUGUGUUGGCCUGUUCAACUUCAGUUCGCAAGAUGAUAUCUGGGACAUUUAUUCACCUCUAAACGCGCUCAGUCGGAUAGAAGAGAAGGGGAUGGAAAAGUUCGAAUAUGUCGCCGCAACUCAUCAUUAUCGGGUAAAUUCUUGUCUUGUCAUGAAGCUUAGGUAUUGUACUCUCUGCAAAAAUCAAUUUCGACUUUAGAUUCAAGUUCUGGUCGAUCGAAAAGACGGCGGGAAUCUGAUGAAUUCCGAGAGUUUGAAGGAGUUGGCGGCGGUCAAUAAAUUCAUCGUGGAGAACGUCACAGUCUCGGAUCGAGGGAAUUUGUUGACUUAUAAGGACGUAUGUGGAAUCUAUUGCAAUGAGAGCAAUGCGUUGGUCAUUGGGUUCAUUCAGGUGAGCAGAUUUGGCGAUUUUGAUUUUGUUGGUUUGUGUAAUGUAAACUCAAUUUUGAGUUGGAAAAACCAAUUGAUCAUGUGCAAACGUUUUGGAUAACAUUUCCCAUGCUCUCUAGAGUCUAAAACGACAAAUCUUUCAUGGAUAUUGCUUUUACAUUAACUAUGACGAGUAGAAAUUUAAAAUUGGAUAGACACUUGGCAUUAUCCUUGAUUUUUUUGGUAUUUUUCCAUGACUUUUGGGAUGUGGCGGUUUGCAAGGUUGUAUAGGCUCAUGCUAUUUGUGUUAGGCCGCAAUGAACAAUCCUUCUGGAUCUCUGAACUUCGUAUUGACCUAUCCAAAUGCCAUUGCGCUGAACAACAAUGUCUUCCUUGGUUACUCAUUGGGGAAGUUUACCACGGAAAAACAAGAGGAUCUGGAUGUGAUCAAGUCAUUCAAGCUGUUUAUCCUCCAUUAUAUGGUAAGAUCUUCUUUUUUUCUUCUUUUUUAUAUUACUUUAGGAAUUUGUUACCUAAAAUUGCGUCAAACCUCGAAUUCUCAAAUUUAGGUUGAUCUCAACAUUCCAAACGGCCGAGCAAUCCGAGACGACCUCGAAGAAAAGCUUCUACAUCUGUUCGAAACCGCUUCUCACGAAUCUACGACUUUGAAUUUCGCUGUUUUGAGUCGAAAUCGCGAGCUCUACGAACAACGUCAAAUUACGGUGACCGCAAUCCCUUUUUUGGGCCUGACAGGAGCUGUGCUAACUGCUUUUAUGGUGAUAACUCUUCUGGACGAUCCGCUAUAUAAGUCGCAAUGUGUUGAGGUGGGUAAAAAUUGUAUUACACUUGAUAAAAAUUUUUAAUUUUUAGGCAAUUUUUGGUGUGAUCUCCCCUGGCAUGGCAUUGGUGACGACGUUUGGGCUUGUCUGGGCUGCUGGACUUCCAUUUUCGAAUAUUUUGACGGUUGUUCCGUUUUUAAUUAUUACCAUUGGAAUUGACGACGCUUUCCUAAUCUUGGCUGGAUGGAGACAGUCAAGGUAAGGGAUGGUGUUAAAAAUAUUUUCUUUUAAAUUUAGGUUACUUUUCAACUGAAAUAACUGAAAUCAAAAAAAUUUUGAAAUUUUCACUUUUUCAGUCCCCAUGCCGACUUUGAAACUCGAAUGGGCGAAAGUUUGGCCAAGUCCGGCGCCUCCGUCUCCGUCACGUCGAUCACGGACGUCCUCUGCUUCGGUGUGGGCAUCAUUUCCAACAUGCCGGUGGUGCAGCUCUUCUGCAUUUACACGUCGAUCGCCUUGGCCAUCGACUUUGUGUAUCAGCUCACAUUUUUCGCGGCGAUUUGUGUUUUCUGCGGGAAGAGACAAAUCGAAAUCGAAGAAAAUAUGAAGUCAAGUACCGAGAGCUCUGUAAGUUGACUCGCUUUUUGUCUGCGGCGUUUUUUACUUAUCAAAAUUGGGUUUUAUGUUACCCAUCGGAGUUGGACGAUGGGGGGAAACUGAAAAGUAUUGUUUUCCUUCGAUGCAAAUGGCUAAAUUAGGAUAAUCGAUGGUGGUGAUUUCGAAAAUGACAUUCAUUUUUUUGAUUGUUACUUUUUCCUUAAGUCGUACUGUAAAGUAGUACUUUUUUAAUUUUUUUUUCAUAAAUACUCGAUUUAGGGGUUUUCGAUGGUGCUGAUUUCGAAAAUCAUGUUAAUUUUUCCUCUAGUACUAAAUAGUACUAUCUGAUACUAUGUAGUACGAGGUGAAAAUAUGGUCUUUACGCGUUGAUGUUGUUAUUUUGAAGCUUAGUACUCUUCAAAAACACGUUUUAAAGACUUGGUGCUGUUUAGUGCUACAUGGUACUAUAUAGUACGAGGUCAAAAUAGCAGUACUAGGCACCAGAACAACACCACUAACGCAUAAAGGCCAUAUUUUCACCUCGUACUACAUAGUAUCAGAUAGUACUAUAUAGUACUAAAGGAAAAGUUAACAUGAUUUCGAAAUCAGCGCUGUUGAAAACCCCUAAAUCGAGUAUUUAUGAAAAAAAAUCAAAAAAUUACUACUUUACAGUACUGCUUAAGGAAAAAAGUAAAAAUCAAAAAAAAAAUGAAUGUCAUUUUCGAAAUCAGCACCCUCGAUUAUCGUAAUUUCGACACUUGCAUGGAAGGAAAAUGAUACUUUUCGGUUUCCCCAAUCGUCCCAGUUCCGUUACCCAUGAUGAACAAUAUAAAUUUUUGUAUUUCAGACCAACGGAAGUAUCUCGUCCCACGGAUCCUGGCGCAAACACCUCAUCCGCAACGCCGAGCGUCUAAAAAGGGCCUUCAGUUUCCGCAAGUCCUCCGAAAUCGAUCUCCCCGUCCCCACCGAGCCCAAAGGCACCUAUCUCCAAUGUUUCGUGAACGCCCUCCACUCCUGGCCCGCCCAAUUUCUGAUCCUCACCAUCUUCUCGGCCCAUUUACUCGUCAGUAUCUACUUUUGCACCAAAGUCAACACCAACUUUGACAUGGAAAAUCUGUAUCUGAAGGAAUCGCCGUUGACGCCGAUCUCAAGGAAAAUGCAAGAAUUUGUUCUGAGCGAAAGUUUCGUGGUCAACUUUGUCGUCGAUCCGAUGCCACCGUUCCAAAAACAGGAGGAAAGAGACUUGUUCCAUCAAAUGAUCGAUGAAUUGGAGAAUAUCCCAAAAUUUGGAAUGGGCAAGAAGGGAAGCACUGUGUGGACGAGGGAUUAUGAACAGGUAAGGUUUUGGCACUUUUUCUCGCCCAAAAUAAUUGGUUUUUCUCGGAAACGAAGAAGAAAGAUAAGAAAAUGCGUUUUAUCGGAUAGUGACAUUUCGUUUUGAACGAAUCACCAAAAAGGGGCGGGAAAUUCUUUCUUCUAUUUUGGAUUGACGUGGCUUGUGUGUUAGAAGAUAGAAGAGGAUUUUUUGGAUGAAAUUUGGAAAAACUAUGGGUUUGAGGUAAAAUUGGGCAGUUUCCAUUGUUUAAUUUUUUUUUUUUUGAUUUUCUAUAAUUUACAGUAUCGUAUGGGGUCUCAAAAUCUUAGUAUUGGUUUGAAGACUCUUGGUCUUGAAAUUUCAAUCACUUUUUUAAAAAAAAAGAAACUCAUAUUUCGCAAAAAACGAACUAAAAUUAGCGAUUUUUUGUCAUUUUUUGGGUUUUCUUGAAAUUACAGUAAGAUGAAAUACGAAUUUUAGAUUUUUGAUAGCAUGGGUAGGCCAUAUUAGACGAUUUUUUUUACCCUUUUGAAAUUUUAGACGCCAAAUCGAGGUCAUUUCUUUUGUAUUUUUUUGGUAAAAUACGGAUCGAAUAACGAAGUUUUGAAUUUUUUAAUAUUAAACAUUAGCUAUCAGAACGCAUUUUACAUCAAAUUUUAUUCAAUUUGAUUUUCAGACUGCUGAGUUCUGGCCAAUGGAAGAGGAGGAUAUCUGGGCGCCUACUGUAAUGCUCAAAAAUUAUAGAAUGUUCAACAUGGACCCCAAAAGCAUCCAUACAUCGUGAGUUUUAAGACUCUGAGUCGUUAAUCAACUUUUUUUAAAAGAUUAAAAUCGAUUUUUUGAGUUUUGGAAAUUUACAAAAAAUUCGUCAUCAUGACAUUUUUUGUAAAAAACUUUUUUUGGAAUCUUGAUUUUUAAUGGUGCUAUUAUGAACAUGAUGUUUUAGAAUGUCUAAUCGACUCGUAUUUUAGCAAGAAUCGGCAAGGCGAGGAAGUGAUCGACUCCUUUUCCUUCCACAUUACCUAUUACAACAUGAGCAACUUUAAUGAUGUGGAAGAGCUGCUAGAGAAGCGCCGCGAGAUCCUCCAUCGAUAUGGAAGGGAGUUCCACAUCCUCUCCCAUCAUCCAUUCGAAAAGGUGCCCACGGAAAGUGCGGCCAGCGCUCCAAUGAAUUUCAUCCAGACAGCUGGUAAGGAGAAUAUAAAAUUUUAUAAAUUUUUGAUUUUUCCCUCAAAAUUUUGUGUUGUUUGCAACUCUAAAUGAUUUAUAAUUUUAGUCUCGGCUAUUGUGCUCAUGUCGGUGCUCGUUUUCUUCUUCAUCAUGGACUUUGAAGCCAUCUUUUCGGUGGUUUUGUCGAUACUGUCCAUCAGCUGCGGGACGGUCGGAUACUUGUACUUGUGGUCGGUGAAUUUGGACGCGGUGUCGUUGAUCAGCAUGCUGAUGAGCAUCGGGUUCAGUGUGGAUUACAGCGCACAUGUGUGCUAUCAUUAUUAUACACAUCAACCGAAAAAUCGGAAAAUUGUGAGUAGUUUUUGAUUUUUUUUUAAAUUUUUGUGCAGGAAAGUUGGACGUAUUUCACAGAAAGAGCUAGGUUUUGUUUUGAGAGAAGUUGGUGUUGUUUUAGCAUCUAAAAAUAUUUUUGAUUAUCAAUUUUUUGACAAUUUUUAUAUUAUCCAUGAAAAAAAUUGAAUUUUUGGAAUAAAAACGUUGAUAGUGAUGUUUUCUCGCCGUUUUAUGGCAUUAUUUAGGACCUGACUAGCCUUGGGCAUUAUUUUUCAAUCAAAUAUUUCAAUCAAAAAAUUUUAUUUUUUGUCCCAAAAAUCGAAAAAAUCUAUUUUUUAUAAUAUUCGAAUUGAAUAUAAUUGCUAUACACUCGUAUUUCCAGCGUCCCCGUCCCACCUCGAUCAUGAUCAACCCGGACGACCUCAAAUUACCGAAGAAAGUACCGGCGGAAUCCAUGAAGUCGUCAAAAUUACCAAAAAUCGACACAAAAGAUCGACUCUUGCACACUUUUUACGGAGUUGGAUGGCCCGUAAUCCAAAGUGGACUCUCCACUGUGCUCGGCAUGAUCCCAUUGCUCUUCGUGGACGCGUAUGUGGUCGCAGUGUUCUGGAAAACGAUCAUCUUGGUGACGGUGUUGGGCAUGUAUCACGCCCUGUUUUUAUUGCCCGUUCUCUUCAUUUUCAUGGGACAGUGUAGGAAUUUGUUCAGGAAGUAG